AUCAAACGUCACAAAACAAAACACUUCGGUAGGAGUGUAACCAUUCAAGCCCCAAGCCUCAAUCUUGGUUCUUUUCAUGUUUCUUGGAUUCACAGUAUGGUAGAUGCUUAGAAGUUCUUCAAAUUAUUUCCGGGAACAUUGUGCGAAUUUGGGAAUGUUUAUAAGGAAUCCUUGAAAACUGCAUUGAGAUGGGGGCAGAGAGACACGGCUCCAAGAGAGGGGGAGGAGGAGGAGGUUAUGUUGGUGGUUUUCUGCAGCUUUUUGAUUGGAAUGCAAAAUCAAGAAAGAAGUUGUUUUCUAGCAAAUCUGAUUCACCUGAGCAUUCCAAAAUGAAAAAGAGAUGCGACGGGAAUUUGCCAAUGACUCGAUAUCAUCUGGUUGAGGAGGAUGAGAUGAACACUAACACCGGCAGUUAUAGCUAUGCAUCAUCAAUGACAGAUGAUGAAGAGUUUUGUGUGAAGCCCCCGGGGGUGGUGGCGAGGCUUAUGGGCUUGGAUCCAUUGCCUCCAUCAUCAUCAAACUUGUCGCAGUUCUACUCAAGCACUCCAUUUUCUGAGCCAUGUUGGCGCUCAAGAAACCAGAAGGCGAUCGCGACACCAAUUCACAAGUUCCAAACUGAGAUUUUGCCUCCCAAAUAUGCCAAGACAAUACCAAUCACUCACCACAAGCUUCUCUCGCCUAUCAAGAGUGCAUCUUCCAUCCUGCCCGAAAAUGCUGCCCAAAUCAUGGAAGCAGCAGCUAGAAUUAUCGAGCCCAGCGUGACAACCAGACCAAAAAUGCCAUCUUUGGGUGGUUCUUGUUUGGCUCCCUUGAAGGUGAGAGACCUUAAAGUGAAAGUCGAGUCGGCUUCUAGAAGGGUUAGUGGAACCAAUACCACGAAAUGUCUCAACAGAAGUGCAUCAAAGGAGAGGGUUGUGGUUACUUCAGAGUCAGAAGAAAGUUAUGGUGGGACGAAAUCUAAAGGGAAGUCAAUUUCUUUAGCACUACAAGCAAAGGAGAAUGUGCUAAAGAGGGAGGGAUUGAAUAAUGUUUCUAGCGCGAAAGAACCAAGCGAUCUAUAUUCAAAUCAGAUCAUGCAAAGAAAUAACAUUCAAAAGAAACCAUCAUCUGCAGUUAGUGUUCUUAGGCAGAACAAUCAAAAGCAGAAUUGCUCAUCCGAUAGAGGAAAACCAUCUUCAAAGCCACAAGGAAAGAGAGCACUCACCAGAGAUUCUUCUUUUUCUCAGCAUAAAUCUUCAACAAUGAAAAAAAGUGCUGAAAGCUCUAACAAAAUCAGUUCAAGGGGGUUGAGCUUGGAAAUGAGUACAAACAAAAAGGAAGAAAUAUUUUUCAGUAACAAAAACAUGACGCGAAAGAAACAACGGUCUACAGAUGGCAAUUUCUCGUCUGGGAAAAAGCAUUCGACUUCGGGCAAUAGGAGUGAAGAACUCUUUCAAUCUUGUGGAUUGAUGGAUAGGGAAGGGACAAACAUAGUUUCUUUUACAUUCAAAGCUCCCUUAACACGUUCUACGCCCAUCAAUGAGAUAUCCAAAGGAGUGGAGAAAAACUCUUCUGAUCUUAGUGCAGAUUAUAGAGUUAAAAAGUUUCAUCAUUCCCCAGAGAGAAUCAGUAGCUUGAAGUCACCCUUAUUAGCUCAUGAUGGCAUAGGAGGAAGAGAUUUAAGCUAUCUUUUGGAACAAAAGCUUAGAGAACUUACUGAGAAAGUGGAACCUUCUUGCCAAACAUCAACCAUUUUGCAUGAUGAUCCCAUGCAAAUAGACCAUCUCCCGGUUAGCCAACAUCACUUCGUCUUUUCUUCAACAGAUUCCAUGGAAAUGACAGUGAAACACAAACGACAGGCAGUCGAAGGAACGUGCCAUUAUACAAAAAAGUUGUGUGAUCGACGAUUCCCUAGCCCCAUAUCUGUUCUUGAGAAUUAUAAUUAUUCUACAGAAAGUUGCAAUUAUUCAGAUAUGGAGAGUAAUACUACACCGAGCAGUAAGCAAAGUUCAUCAAAUCACGCUCAAGAAAUUGUUGGCAUUACCUCAUUGAACAGGCUCCAUUCCAGGGAAGCUGAUUCUGAGCUGCUGGACUCAGCUUCUUCAAGAACUUCAUAUUUCACCGAAGAUCGAAAAGCCCACAUCGGAAAAUCACCAUCCGAAUGGGAGCUAGAAUAUGUGAAGGAGAUUAUUGGCAGUACAAAUCUUGACUUGAUGAUGAUGAUACUCCAUGCUUUCUCAGUAAAGCCACAUCUUUAUGACCUGCUGGAGUGCAGAAAAGUGAUGGAUGGCCAUGGACAUGACCUGAGACUAGAACGAAAGGUUCUAUUCGAUUGCGUGAGCGAAUGCUUGGAGUCAAUGUGCGCGAAAUACGGAGGAGGCUGUGGGUAUGAGAUGUGGGCAAAGGGUACAUUGGUAGUUGGACGAAAGGACCGUCUUGCAGAAGAAGUGUACAGGGAGAUACUGAGGUGGAGUGGGCUUAGAGACUCCAUGGUUGAUGAGCUUGUGGACAUGGACAUGAGCAAUGGCUCUGGGAAAUGGUUGGACUUUGAAACCGAAGAGUUUGAGCUUGGAUUGCAGCUAGAGAAUGGUUUGAUUGAUUCUUUACUUGAUGAAGUGGUUAAGGACAUGUUAAUUGUUCUUUGAAACUGAUGGCAUUUGAAUUUGGGAUUUGCAAGAUAGAGGAAAUUCUUUACUCUAAGUUUGGAUUGACACUAGCUUUUGAUUAUAUAUUACAUCUUUCAUUGUUUUUUUGGCUCUACUACAUAUACGUGUUUGAAUUCGGUUAUUUUGACAUUGACUUCUCACGUCAUAAUAAGACAUUGUUCCAGUU